CCUUUACUGUCUCGCACAGCCGAGACCGCUGCAUCCUCAGAAAGCAGCUCUACAGGUCGUGCUCUCCCGCGGCCCGGAGAGCAUGGCCGCCCAGACGGCCAUCACGCUGCCCGUGCCCGAGUUCCUCGUCAUCGGAGACGCGUUCCUGGACGUGCAGUGCGGCGGCCUCGCGCAGCUGCCGCGCUGGGACGCGGACGAGCUCGUGCCGCGGCCGAUCGAAUUCCUCGCGGGCGGCGGCGGCCUGAACACGGCGUGCCACCUCGCGCGCGCGGGCCGGCGCGUCGAGCUGCGCUGCGCCCUCGGCGACGACGACGCGGGUGCGAAGCUGCGGUCCGCGGCGGCGCACGCGGGUGUGGCGGUUGUGCCGCUCGCGGCGCCGGCGGGCGCGGCGACGGGCGUUUGUAUUGUCUUAUCUGGCCAGUCGGACAGAGCCUUCGCCACGCAUCGGGGCGCGGUGGCCGUCGCUGGAUUAUCCGACGCGGACAUCGAGCGCGCGCGCGAGGUCGGCGCGCGCGGUGGCCACGUCCACGUCGCGGGGUACUACAACAUGCCGGCCGUGCGCGCGCGCGUCGGAGAAUUGUUCCGGGCCGUGCGCGAGGCCGGCGGCUCGUCGUCCUUGAACCCGCAAUGGGACGCCGACGAGCGCUGGGACGGCAUCUGCGAGCUCUCGGUCGCCGCCGGCACCGCGCCGGGCGUGCUGAUUUGUUCGGAAGCCGAGGUGGAGAAUCUCGCCGGGACGGGACUUUCGCAGGCUCCUCUGGAUCUUUUGGAUGCCGGCAACACGCGCUGCGUCGUCACCACGCAUGGCGCGCGGGGAGCAAUUGUCUGGGGGCUCGAAAACGAGCAGGUCAAGUCGAACGCGCCAACACUAGCGCCGGGCGCUCUUCUCGACGCCACGGGCGCUGGUGACGCGUUCGCCGCCGGUUUCCUCACGGCCUUCGCGAGAGACCCGCCCGGAGUGGUCAACCUUUCGAUCGGACUAAAGAUGGGCUGCGCGUACGGCGCGGCGUGCUGCGGCGUCGUCGGCGCCUCCGCGGCCCUCGACCCAAGUCGAGUGGCCGCGUAUGCCAGAGAAAUCGUGCCGUCGCCUGGCCAGCAGGGCCCAGUAUCCUGGUCCGCGCGCCCUCGACGGCCGCCGAGCCAGUAAGUAAAACAAAGC